CAUGCUGUUCAUAAAAAAAUCCCAGAGACAUUAACUUCAUUGACUCUUUUUUCCUCUUUGUAGAAAGAAGAAAACGUAAGUUAUAGACCAUCUUCUGGCAGAAGAUGAUAGACUUGGAUCAGAAACGGGAGGCCUUGGAAGCCAGGAAUCAAAAGUGAAGAUAUUUGUCAAGUCCUCUGGUGAGAAAGUAUUUAGAUUUUUAUCAUUAUAACCAUGCCAGAAAUGACAGAGAAUGAGACGCCUACAAAAAAGCAGCACAGAAAGAAAAAUCGAGAGACACACAAUGCAGUGGAGAGACAUAGAAAGAAGAAAAUCAAUGCUGGGAUAAACAGAAUAGGAGAGCUGAUCCCAUGUUCCCCUGCACUGAAACAGAGCAAGAAUAUGAUUUUGGAUCAAGCCUUUAAGUAUAUAACAGAAUUGAAAAGGCAAAAUGAUGAGCUCUUGCUUAAUGGAGGAAACAAUGAACAAGCUGAAGAAAUUAAAAAACUUCGUAAACAGCUAGAAGAAAUCCAAAAAGAAAAUGGCCGAUAUAUUGAAUUACUGAAAGCAAAUGACAUAUGCUUAUAUGAUGACCCCACAAUCCACUGGAAAGGAAAUCUUAAAAACUCAAAGGUUUCUGUUGUUAUUCCCAGUGACCAAGUUCAAAAAAAUAUCAUCGUUUAUUCCAACGGGAGUCAGCCUGGUGGAAACAGUCAGGGGACAGCUGUUCAGGGGAUAACCUUUAAUGUUGGUCAUAAUUUACAAAAGCAAACUGCCAAUGUGGUACCAGUCCAGAGGACUUGCAAUCUUGUGACUCCUGUGUCUAUUUCUGGAGUUUACCCUUCCGAAAACAAGCCAUGGCAUCAAACCACAGUUUCUGCAUUGGCUGCCAACCAGCCUGUUCCUCUUUGUCUUCCUGCCACCAUUUCUGCUCAAAAUAUUCUCGACAUUUCCACCUCUGAAAGUGAAUUGAGUAUGCUUGGUGCCACCAGUGGCUCACUAAUCACCGUCCCUGCUGGGCCUGAGACUCACCAACAUCAUUCUUUACCAACAUGUCCAAAUGAUGAAAAUUCUUCUGAAAAUAAGAACGGGCAAGCUAGCCUGAGAUUAUUAAAAAAGACAGCCCCCUGUGCCACUAGCAUCCCCUCUAGCUCCUGCUCCUCUGAAGUUGCCACUACAGUGUCCCAUGGAAAUAAGUCCUCAAUGACCACACAAGAUCUCAGAAAUGAUUUUCAAACCACCUUUGUUGUUUCAGUCACUACCACAGCCUGUUCCCAGCCCCCGAGAUCUGCAGGCGAGUCUUUUUCAGCAAGCAUUAACAAGGGUGGAGACUCCACAAGUAUUACUGCAGUCGUUGCACCAUCUACCCUUGCAGGAGAGAAGACCACCAGUCCUGCAAGCACUCUUUCUGCAACUUCUUUGGACAGUGGUUGGUCUCUCACUUGUUCUUUGCCUUCUUCAGCAGUUAGCACUUCAGAUUUGAAAAACAUUAAUAGCCUUACCCGAAUUUCCUCAGCUGGCAACACACAGACAACUUGGACUACUUUGCAACUGGCAGGAAACACUAUUCAGCCCUUAAGCCAGACUCCAUCUACUGUUGUGACACCAGUAUUAAAUGAGUCUGGCACUUGCCUCGCCACAAGCAACCAUAGUCGACACAUGACUACAGGAAUCAACUUGAACACUUCCUUUCCAGCAAAUGCACGGACAGUUGAGCAGGUAGUUGUAACCUUGCCUUCGUGUCCAUCUUUACCAGUGCAGCAGCCACUAAUUGCCCAGCCACAAGUUAAAUCUCAGCCACCAAAAAAUAUCCUUCCAUUGAAUUCAGCAAUGCAGGUGAUUCAGAUGGCCCAGCCAGUUGGACCAGCCGUUAAUGCAGCUACAGCAAAUCAAAAUGUUAUUAUUCUUCAGCCACCCAGCACCACCCCAUGCCCAACAGUGAUGAGGGCAGAAGUUCCUAACCAAACAGUGGGUCAACAGAUAGUAAUAAUACAGGCAGCUAAUCAGAAUCCUUUGCCACUCCUAUCUGCACCACCAACUGGUUCUGUUCGACUCCCUGUCAAUGGAGCUAGUGCUAUAAUAGGAUCUAAUAAUUCAGUGCAAAAUGUUUCAACCCCACAGACUUUUGGAGGAAAGCAUCUUGUUCACAUAUUACCAAGACCUUCAUCCUUAUCAACAUCUAAUUCAACACCAACUUAUUCUGUUACCAUGUCAAACCAACAGCAGCCUCAAACCAUUUCUUUAAAUGGACAGCUCUUUGCUCUGCAGCCUGUGAUAUCUUCAGCAGGAACUACAAAUCAAACCCCUAUGCAAAUCAUUCAACCCACCACCAGCGAAGAUCCAAAUACCAAUGUUGCCCUGAAUACAUUUGGGGCUUUAGCCAGCCUCAAUCAAAGCAUAUCACAGAUGGCUGGGCAAAGUUGUGUACAGUUAUCUAUUAGUCAGCCUGCCAACCCUCAAACUGCUGCAAAUAGUCAAGCCACCCCAGCUAACUGUGGUACAUUAACUACUGUAGCAUCUCCUAUAAUGACAACUGAUAAUUCAGCCACACUACCCAGUAAUUGUCACCUAGUAACUCCCCCUUCGGUGAAUACUGUGGCUUCUUUGUCUAACAUGAAGUCCAAAAGGUUGAAUAAGAAGCCAGGUGCCAAGAAACAGUUAACCCCCUGCAAGCCAGCAUGUCCCCUGAAUUCGGUCAAAGAAGUGGGUAAGUUAGACUGCCCUACCACUGAAGGCUCAGCAGAGCCACCAUGCAGUAGCGAUGGACUGCUGGAAAGCCUGCCUGUUGUAUUGCCACCUGUUUCUGCGUCACAGGCAAAUAGCACAAAUGUUUCUGAGUCACACUCUUUGGGUGUUCUACAUUCUGAAUCAGUGAUACCUGAGGCUGUAUCCAGAUCCAAGCCAGCAGAAGACUUUAGUUUAUCCUCCCAGAAGUCUAUGACAAGCGAACCUUUUGCAUCAGCCCCAACUAAACCCAAAGACUCAGAUACCAUUUUACAAGAGACCUCUCAGGAUAAGCAACCAACUGGUUCAACAUUGUCAGAUGCUGCCAAAUCCUGCUCUUCAGCCAACAUGCUGAAUCCAUCUCCAAGUGACCCCUGCAUUUUGGUUCCUCAGGUUCCUGGCUUGUCAUCUACCACAAGCAAGACAAGUUCUGAUUGUGUUUCUGAGGUAGAAAUUAUUGCUGAACCUUGCAGAACUGAGCAAGAUUCAUCAGAUACAAUGCAAACCACAAGUCUAUUGAAGGGGCAGGGUUUAACUGCACUGCUUUCUGGUCUUGCUAAAGAAAAAGACCCUCAGAAAUCUUCGUUAUCAGUUCAGGUGGAUCAUCCUGAAUUUUCUUCAGAAAGUUCUAAAAUAGUCGAUUCUAGUGUUGAUUUACAUCCCAAACAGGAGGAGCUAUUAUUGAUGACCAGUGAUGAAAGGGAUCCAGGACAGCAUCAUUCCUGCCUCCCUGAUCAGGAGAUUAUUAAUGGCUCUUUGCUCACCAGUAGACAAGCUGAUUCUCCCAUGUCAACCAGCUCUGGCAGUAGCCGGAGCUUCUCAGUUGCAUCCAUGCUUCCUGAAACUGUGAGAGAUGAUGUGACCAGCAGUGCAACAACUAACACAUGUGACAGCUGUACCUUCGUAGAACAAACAGAUAUUGUUGCUCUUGCAGCACGAGCUAUUUUUGACCAGGAGAACCUCGAGAAGGGAAGGUCUGGCAUUCAAGCUGAUAUAAGAGCAGUUACUACAAAGCCUUCUGAAGCUACAUCUUUAGAGGAAGAGCAGUCUUUCAAAGCACAAAUCUCUAAAGAUAAUGGCUCAACACAGGCAGAAGUGACAACAAAUGAAUUUAAUUCCCAGGACUCAAUGGAAGCAGCUGUGGAGAGACCCCUUGAGAAACCAAGUUGUUCAGUAGGAAUUAAAACAUCAAAUGCCUCUUUACAGGGCUCAGUUUCUCAGCCACCAAGCAUCACCAGUUUAAGCGUAAAUAAUCUUAUUCAUCAGAGCAGUAUCAGCCAUCCCCUUGUCAGCUGUGCUGGUUUAUCCCAAACUUCAGAGCAAACAGCCAGUCCAGCAACUGUUAAUCUGACUGUUUCUUCUAACUCCUAUGGUAGUCAGGCCUCAGGUUCCUCUCUGAUGACAGAAUAUUCCCAAGAACAGGUCACCACCAUGUCUGGCACCAUAUCGAAUUCACAGAUGCAGGAGCCACUCCUAAAGCCUAGUCAUGAAAGCCGUAAAGACUCUGCUAAGCGUGCUGUCCAAGAUGACCUUUUACUGUCUUCAGCUAAACGACAAAAGCAUUGUCAGCCAGCUCCCCUCAGUCUUGAAAGUAUGACCCUGAUGAACCAACCUUCAGACAGUAUUUCUGAUCAAACACAAAUGAUGGUUCCACAGAUCCCUCCAAAUUCUUCAAACUCCACUGUGCCUGUUAGCAACCCAGCCCAUGGAGAUGGCCUUACACGAUUAUUUCCACCUAGUAACAGCUUUGUGGCCUCUACAUUGAGGCAAACUGAAGUGCAGUGCGGUUCCCAGCCUUCAGUUGCUGAGCAGCAGCAGAAUCAGAGCAGUCAACAUCUACAAGCCCUGCAACAACAUGUUCCAGCUCACCUUCACAGUAACCAUCUCUACUUAAAGCAGCAGCAACAAGCAGGGCAGUUAAGAGAGAGGCAUCACUUAUAUCAGUUGCAACAUCACGUAUCUCACACGGAGAGCUCUGUCCACUCUCAACCCCAUAAUGUCCACCAACAGAGAACUCUGCAACAGGAGGUUCAGAUGCAAAAGAAAAGGAAUCUUGUUCAGGGUACACCAACCUCGCAGCAUCCCUUACAACCAAAGCACCAUGGUACCGACCAGCCUCGACCCAAGAGUGGCCAGCCCCAUCCACACCAUCAGCAGCUGCAGCAGCAGCUGCAGCAACACUUUGGAAGUUCCCAACCUGAGAAGACUUGUGAAAACCCUUCAGCUAGCCGUAGCCACCAUAACCACCCCCAAAAUCAUCUUAAUCAAGAUAUUAUGCACCAGCAGCAGGAAGUUGGAAGCAGGCAGCAAGGUUCAGGGGUUUCCUCUGAACACAUUUCUGGCCAUAACCCAAUGCAGAGACUUUUAACUUCUAGAGGCUUAGAGCAGCAAAUGGUAUCCCAAUCAAGUAUUGUGACUAGGCCUUCAGAUAUGUCCUGCACUCCACACCGGCCAGAGAGAAAUAGAGUUUCAAGCUACUCUGCUGAGGCACUUAUUGGAAAGACAUCUUCUAAUUCAGAGCAGAGAAUGGGCAUAUCGAUUCAGGGAGCCAGAGUUUCAGAGCAGCUUGAAAUGAGAAGCUAUCUUGAUGUUCCUAGAAAUAAGAGUUUGACCAUUCAUAAUAUGCAGGGACGUGUGGACCACACUGUUCCCACAGACAUCCGCCUCUCUGAUUGUCAGACAUUUAAAGCAGGUGGAGUCAGUCAGCAGCCUCCAAGUAAUUUUGAUGUUCAAUCUUCAAGAAACAAUGAAAUAGUCAAUCCUGUGUCAUCGUUGAGGAGUAUGCAAUCUCAGGCUUUUCGAAUUAGUCAAAACCCUGGCCCACCGCCAAUCGAUCGUCAAAAGAGAUUACCUUAUCCCUCUGUUCAGAGCAUACCAACUGGAAACGCUCUCCCCACAAGGGACAGUGAAAAUACAUGUCACCAAAGUUUCAUGCAGAGUUUACUUGCACCACACCUUGGUGAUCAAGUCAUUGGGAGCCAGAGGUCACUCUCAGAACACCAAAGGAAUACGCAGUGUGGCCCAUCCUCUGCAAUUGAAUAUAAUUGUCCCUCAUCUCAUGAAAGUGUCCAUAUUAGAAGAGAAAGUGAGAGUCAGACUAGGGAAAGUUGUGACAUGUCCCUAGGUGCAAUGAACACCAGAAACAGCACUUUGAAUAUUCCUUUUUCGAGUCCCUCUUCAUCAGGAGAUAUUCAAGGUCGGAACACAAGUCCCAAUGUUUCUGUACAGAAAUCCAAUCCCAUGAGAAUUACUGACAGUCAUGGGACAAAGGGCCUAAUGAACCCUCCAGUCACAACCAACAUGCAUGGCAUUGCAAGGCCAGCUCUGCCUCACCCUUCUGUGUCUCACGGAAAUGCUGAUCAAGGUCCCCCUGUACGCCAGACUAAUUCUUCGGUUCCCCAGCGAUCAAGGCAUCCCUUGCAAGAUAGCAGUGCUUCCAAAAUUCGCCAACCUGAAAGGAGUCGUUCUGGAAACCAAAGACAUACUAAUGUCUUUGAUCCUAGUCUUCCUCAUCUUCCUCUGUCUACUAGUGGUAGUAUGAUUCUUGGACGUCAGCAGCCUACCACUGAGAAGAGAGGAAGUAUUGUUCGUUUCAUGCCUGAUAGCCCACAAGUCCCUAAUGAAAACUCAGCUCCUGACCAGCAUACACUGUCACAAAAUUUUGGUUUUCCUUUUAUUCCUGAGGGCGGCAUGAAUCCACCAAUCAAUGCUAAUACUUCUUUCAUUCCACAGGUUACUCAGUCUAGUGCCACUCGAACUCCAGCUCUCAUCCCUGUAGACCCCCAAAAUUCUUUACCUUCUUUCUACCCCCCAUACUCCCCUGCUCAUCCUACACUGUCCAAUGAUAUUUCAAUCCCCUAUUUUUCAAACCAAAUGUUCUCAAAUCCUAGCACUGAGAAGGUAAACAGUGGAAGUUUAAAUAACAGGUUUGGUUCAAUUUUAUCUCCUCCAAGACCUGUUGGUUUUGCUCAACCAAGCUUUCCUCUUCUCCCUGACAUGCCACCAAUGCACAUGACCAACUCUCACUUAUCUAAUUUUAACAUGACAUCUUUAUUUCCAGAAAUAGCUACAGCUCUUCCUGAUGGCUCAGCAAUGUCACCUUUGCUUACAAUAGCAAACUCUUCUGCUUCUGACUCUUCCAAGCAGUCCUCAAACAGACCUGCCCACAACAUAAGCCAUAUUUUAGGUCACGAUUGCAGUUCAGCUGUUUAAAUACCGAUAGACUAAACAUAAAUAUAAUGGGUGAUAUUACCAGUGCAUUUUUGUGCAUUUGCACACACAUAUGUAGGAGAGAGAGUGUGUGUGUGUAUGUCUGUUGUCUAUGUAAUCAAUUUUCAGUUACCUUCUGAAGGUAGGGAAACCUUGUCAGAGAUUAUGGAACUCUAAUGGGUUGUCAGAAGAAAUUACCCUUCAUUGGUUACUGUAUGGUGUGCUUAAAAUUUUGUUUUCAUUUUCAAGUUUGACUUUGUAAUAUUAUAUUCCCUGAAUUUUAAUCAUUUUAAACUUGGGAGAGAGUAUCAUGGUGUAUGCUGGUGAAUAGGAAGGAAACUAGGUUUUAAACUUGAUUGUUCAUAAUUUGUGAAGUAGAUAGUUGAGUUGCUGUCCAAAAAUACAGCUUGCUGUAACACAUUGGCUGAUAAUCAAGUAAUGGCUAAUGCCAAUGCGUAUAACAUUUUUUCACUUAUGGAAAGUAUUAAAUUAAUAUUGAAUUGAACUCCCAUGAGUAAAGUCAAGCAGGCAGGAAAUAAAUGAGUAGUUUAAUCAGCUUUUAUUCCAAACUUUGAUUUAGUCUUUAGAAUUUUCU